AAUGUUAGGAGAGAAAAGAAUGAAAGAUUUGUCCCGAUUAACCAAUUGGCCAGUUGCCUGAUGAUAGACAUGUAGAAUAUCAUUAAUGGCCUCACUUGACUAAGGUGUGACAGGGGUGAAUAACAUAAUGUCGUCAGCAAACAAAAGAUGGGACAAAGAAGGAGCUCUCUUGGUGAGUUGGAGAAGUAAACUAUAGUAAACUCAUAAUCGCUGUUGUUUACUUCCGAAUACUAAUCUAGUUUGGCAAAGAGAAUAACAAAGGCUCAAAUAUAUUUCAUUCCCAGCAAAGUAAAGCAAAUCAUAUCUCUCUUUUAUCUCCCAACUCAGUUACUUUCCUUCUUUCCCAUAACACUCAUAAUAACCCUUCAAAUACCGUUUCUUUCUUUCUGCCUCAAUAUUUUCUCCACAACCAAACAGACCAACCGAUCAUCAAUCCAAGUCAAAGGUGCUGUUAGAUUACCAACCAGCAAGCAGAACCAGUUUCUCCAUGUUUCCAAAUCCAUAACCCUACGCAUAUCAUCGUCUUCCUUCCACUGCUUCAUGGACAAAGAAACUGAAAUUCUCUCUUGCCUUGCCGCCAACCACAUCUAUCUUGCCCAAUUCGAGCCUCUCAGGGCGGUAAUCCUCGCCCUCAGAGACCGAAAUCCAGAGCUUGCUCUUGCCGUGCUCCAGACUAUUGUUGCUCACUCUGGUCGUUUUGAAAACAUUCUGUGGUCUUCCUCUUGUCCGUCUCCCUCUCUACUUACGUUCUUGGCCACUCUCGAGCUCUUACAGUUCGAUAAUGCGUCAUCUGUUUGGAGCUUUGAUUCCGAGGCCCUGCGUUUGCGAGCCGAGUUUUUGUUGUUGGUUCAGCACUUGAUCGACCGGGUCUCGGAAUUUAUGAGGAGGAAUUUUGAUUUGGAGAGCAUUGGUACUAAGGAGGGAGAGAAUGAUGGUUUAGGUGAGAGUUUUGAAGAGCGAGCUGAAUUACUAAACAAGAGUGAGGAUAAAACUGACGAUUUGAGAGCUUCCAGCGGUGAAUGGGAGAGUUCCGUAGGUGUUUUGGAUAGAAUUUUUGAGUUGGGAGUGAAGAGGUUGAAGGUGGAUGAAGUUGUGGAUGCUGCUGCUGAUGCUGAUCAUGAUAAUCGGAAUCAAAAUGCGGCCACUACUAUUAUUGAGGAAGGAGAUUUGGUGUGUUUGAGGAAGGUGAUUUGGGAGUAUGCGGAUGUUUUUGAUGCCCUGUGCUUGAAUAUACAGAGGCAAAUAAGAGGAGGCUGGGAAGGUUAUGACCCUUCUGAUUUAGCGAUUACAACAAGGAGUGAAGAGAAUGCGACUAAGGACGAGGACGAGGACAUGGUGGUUCUUGGUUCGAUACAAAGGAUUGUUCAACUGGUUCACUUAGAUGCUAUCAAAGAGUGUGCCAAGGAGGGAAAUGUGAAUGAGGCUGUUUUGCACAUUCGUUUUCUUCAUUUUGAUUGUGGAGUGGAGGAGUCUGAGUAUCGCAUUGUAUUACAGGAUUUAUUGAAGGUGGUUUCUCUAGGAUGGGAGGAAUAUGGAGACUCUUGGCAUGCCAAGAGAGAAAAAUUGUUGAUGAUUUAUGGUGCAGCUCUUGCAUCUAAUUGUAGAUUUCUCAUUCAAAUGCUACAGGAUCUCCAUGAUGGCUUGCUUUUAAAAGAGAUUGAGUUGUAUCAAUCUCUUGAUAAUAACCAAAUUCCACCUCCUUUGGAAUGUUUCCAAAGAUUUGUUAAGAAAUUAGACUUUAAUUCUGAUUUACAUAAUAAAACUCUGCCCCUAAAUGCCGCGGUCAGUUCUUGCAUGAGAGACGUGUGUCAAUAUGCUCGAGUCUCUGGACAGCAUGUUCUUGAGUGUGUCAUGGAUACUGCGUUGUCUGCUGUGAAGAGAAAUCAACUUGAAGAAACUAGCAAUAUCUUUUCACUGUUUCCACGUCUCCUACCCCUGGUAGCUUGUAUGGGUUGGGAUAUAUUAUCUGGCAAGACAACAGAACGGAGAGAAUUAAUGCAACUUUUUUGGACUAGUAAAUCUCAAGUACUCCGUCUGGAAGAGUCUUCUCUUUAUGGAAACCAAUCAGACGAGAUAUCUUGUGUGGAACAUCUCUGUGAUUCUUUGUGUUAUCAACUUGAUAUUUCCUCAUUCGUUGCAUGUGUCAAUUCUGGUCGAGCUUGGAAUUCAAAAUUUUCGUUAAUGUUGUCCGGGAAGGAACAAAUAUCCUUUGGAAGUGAUGAUGCUCAAUUAGACCCAUUUGUUCAAAAUUUUGUGUUGGAAAGACUUUCAGUUCAAAGUCCUCUUCGGGUAUUGUUUGAUGUUGUGCCACAAAUAGAAUUUCAAGAUGCCAUUAAGUUGAUCAGUAUGCAGCCGAUUGCCUCUAGCUUGGCUGCCUGGCAGAGGCUGCAGGAUAUUGAACUUAUGCACAUGCGCUAUGCACUAGAGUCAGCUGUUCUUGCACUUCGAGCAAUGCAGAAGAGCAUGUCUGGUGAAAGAGAAAAUCAUCAUCAAGAGCCCUUUUGUCAUUUGAAAGAUCUUCAAAGCCACCUGGAUGCUAUUACUAAUAUUCCACGCAAGAUAAUGAUGGUGAAUGUUAUAAUUUCACUAUUACACAUGGAUUAUCUCUCUCUUAAUUUGGCGCAUUGCAUGUCAUCUCAAAGCUAUACUGAGUCACCCGAUACUUGUGCGUGGGAUCAUAAUGAUCUUAGUACAUCUGAAGGGGCAAACAAAAUGGUUCUAUCAUUUACAGGAUUGCUACUUGAUAUACUACGUCGCAAUGUUCCUUCAGCUGUAACUGAACUGCAAAAUGCUCAAACUGAUGGUUUGACUACAAGUGGAAGGCAUGCAUUAGAGUGGAGGGUGUCAAUAGCUAAUCGUUUCAUUGAAGAAUGGGAAUGGCGGUUAUCAAUUUUGCAGCGUCUUCUUCCUUUAGCUGAACGCCAGUGGAGAUGGGAGGAGGCAUUGACUGUGCUACGUGCAGCCCCAUCUAAGCUUCUUAACCUCUGUUUGCAAAGAUCAAAGUAUGACAUUGGAGAAGAAGCUGUUAAUCGAUUUUCAUUGUCUGCAGAAGACAAAGCGACCCUAGAAUUAGCUGAGUGGGUGGACAAUGCAGUUAGAAGAGCAUCUGUAGAAGAAGUGGUGUCUCGUGCUGCUGAUGGGACUUCUUUGGAGCUAGAUCUUGAUUUUUCAUCUUUACGCACCCAAUUAGGUCCUUUGGCUGCUAUUCUUCUUUGUAUCGAUAUUGCUGCUACUUCUGCACGGUCGGCAAAGAUCUCUCAGCAGCUUCUGAAUCAGGCUCAAGUUAUGUUAUCUGAGAUUUAUCCAGGUGUCUCUCCCAAAAAAGGUUCAACAUACUGGGAUCAAAUUCUUGAAGUAGGUGUUAUUUCUGUUUCACGAAGGGUCCUUAAGCGUCUAAACGAGCUCUUAGAUAAGGACAACCCUCCAGCUAUUCAGGGUAUUUUGUCUGGAGAGCUAAUCAUUUCUUCGCAAAAAGAAUCUCUCCGACAGGGACAAAGGGAACGUGCUCUUGCUAUGCUGCAUCAGAUGAUUGAAGAUGCUCAUGAGGGAAAACGACAGUUUCUGAGUGGUAAGCUCCAUAAUCUAGCAAGAGCUAUAGCAGAUGAAGAAGCAGAACCAAAUUUUCUUAAAGGUGAAGGCCAGCCUUCUGAUCAGAAGGCUUUUUCUGAUUUUGACAAGGAAGGGGUUCUUGGGCUAGGGCUAAAAGUUAUAAAGAAGAAAGCUUUACCUUCAGCCCCUGGCGAUUUUAAUGAGCAGCCUGUGGAUUAUGAUGUAAAGGAGACAGAGAAGAGAUUAUUUGGUCCCAUAAGUAACAAACCCACAACCUAUCUUUCACAGUUUAUUCUUCAUAUUGCUGCGAUUGGUGACAUAGUAGAUGGGACUGAUACAACUCAUGACUUCAACUUUUUCUCACUCGUGUAUGAGUGGCCUAAGGAUCUUUUAACUCGCCUUGUAUUUGACCGUGGUAGUACUGAUGCUGCUAGCAAGGUGGCUGAGAUUAUGUGUGCUGACUUUGUUCAUGAAGUUAUUUCAGCGUGUGUGCCGUCAGUGUAUCCUCCACGCUCUGGUCAAGGAUGGGCUUGCAUUCCAAUUGUACCCUCUUGCAUUAAGAGCGGGUCAGAGAAUAAACUACCAUCACCUUCUUCAAAAGGUGAACCUAAUUGUUAUGACUGGUCAUCAAUAUUACCUGGCAUCCCUCUCUACCCUUUACAGCUGGAUAUCGUAAAACACUUGGUUAAAAUAUCGCCAGUUAGGGCAGUAUUAGCAUGUGUAUUUGGGAGUAGCAUUUUAUACAGUGGAAGUGACUCUUCUACAUCAAGCUCUUUGCAUGGUGAAUUGCUCGAAGCACCUGAUACGAAUCGUUUGUUUUACGAGUUUGCUCUUGAUCAAUCAGAGAGAUUCCCAACUUUAAACCGAUGGAUACAAAUGCAAACAAAUCUUCAUCGAGUUUCAGAGUUUGCAGUAACAACCAAGCAAACUGCUGAUGGCAGCAGAGUUAAAGAUGAAGUAAGAGCUGCUAUAAAGAGACUUCAUGAGCAUGAUAGUGAUACAGAGUCUGAGGUUGAUGAAAAUGUUGGUGGUACUAAUAUGUCCACAAAUUUAUCAUCGGUCAACAGCCAAAAUAAUGCAGCUCCCAAUACAUCUUGGCAAGAUGCUAUGAAAACUGAUGUUGCUGAACAUGAUAAUUCGGUUUUUCUUUCUUUUAAUUGGGAGAAUGAAGAACCCUAUCAGAAAGCAAUAGAAAGAUUGAUUGAUGAAGGAAAACUAAUGGAUGCUCUUGCACUUUCUGAUCGCUUUCUACGUAAGGGAGCCUCAGAUCAACUGCUGCAGCUACUUAUUGAACGCGGGGAAGAGAACAAGUCAAUAUCUGGGCAAAACCAAAGUUAUGGAGGCCACGGCAUUUGGAGCAAUAGUUGGCAGUAUUGUCUGCGGUUGAAGGAUAAGCAGUUGGCUGCUAGAGUUGCCCUCAAGUAUAUGCAUAGAUGGGAGCUUGAUGCUGCCUUGGAUGUUCUCACCAUGUGCAGCUGCCACCUGCCUAAAAGUGAUCCAAUUACCAAUGAGGUCAUGCACAUGAAACAAGCUUUGCAGAGAUACAGUCACAUAUUAAGUGCAGACAAUCAUUAUAGUAGCUGGCAAGAGGUGGAAGCUGAGUGUAAGCAAGAUCCUGAGGGCUUGGCACUUAGAUUAGCUGAGAAAGGAGCUGUUUCAGCUGCCUUAGAUGUAGCUGAAAGUGCAGGAUUAUCAAUAGAUUUGCGGAGAGAGUUACAGGGUCGGCAGCUUGUUAAACUUCUCACUGCAGAUCCUCUUAAUGGUGGAGGUCCAGCAGAAGCUUCUCGCUUUCUUUCUUCGUUACGUGACUCAGACGAUGCAUUACCAGUUGCCAUGGGUGCAAUGCAGCUGUUACCUAAUCUUCGCUCAAAGCAACUUCUUGUUCACUUCUUUCUGAAGCGAAGAGAAGGAAAUCUCUCUGAUACUGAGGUUUCUCGGUUGAACUCAUGGGCAUUGGGUCUUCGUGUUCUGGCUGCCUUGCCAUUGCCUUGGCAGCAGAGAUGUUCUUCCUUGCAUGAACACCCUCAUUUGCUUUUGGAGGUUUUGCUUAUGAGGAAGCAACUGCAAUCAGCUGCGCUGAUUCUUAAAGAAUUUCCAUCGUUGCGAGACAAUAGUGUAAUUAUUUCAUAUGCAGCUAAAGCGAUUGUAUUCAAUUUUAGCUCUCCUACAAGAGAACCUAGAGUUUCUAUUUCAGGAAUGAGACCAAAGCAGAAAACUAGAACAGGCACACCUGUGAGAUCAUCCUUCUCUAACAGCUUAAGUAACUUGCAAAAGGAGGCUCGCAGAGCGUUCUCUUGGGGUCCACGGAAUACAGGAGACAAGCCUGCCCCAAAAGAUGUCUACCGGAAAAGAAAAAGUUCUGGAUUGUCCCCAUCUGAAAGAGUUGCUUGGGAAGCAAUGGCUGGCAUUCAAGAGGAUCAUGUUUCAACUUAUUCUGUUGAUGGACAAGAGCGGCUUCCUUCUGUGUUGAUUGCUGAGGAAUGGAUGCUGACUGGUGAUGCCAUCAAGGAUGAUGCAGUUCGUCUAUCUCACCGAUAUGAAAGUGCCCCUGACAUUACUCUCUUCAAGGCCCUUCUUUCUUUGUGUUCUGAUGAUAGUGUGUCAGCGAAGAAUGCAAUGGACUUGUGUGUCAAUCAGAUGAAGAAUGUGUUAAGCUCUCGGCAAUUGCCCGAGAAUGCAUCAAUGGAAGUUAUUGGUCGUGCUUACUAUGCCACUGAGAUAUUUGUACAGGGUCUUCAAUAUGCUAAAUCCUUGUUGAGAAAGACAGUGGGAGUUAGUGAUUUGUCAAGUAAUUCUGAAAGAAACAGGGAUACUGAUGAUGCAUCUUCAGAUGCGGGUAGUUCUACCAUGGGCAGUCAAUCAACAGAUGAGCUAUCAGAAGUUUUAUCACAGGCAGACAUUUGGCUAGGACGUUCAGAGCUACUUCAAAGUCUUCUAGGCUCUGGAAUUGCUGUGUCCUUAGAUGAUAUCGCUGAUAAAGAGUCGUCUGCCCGUCUCCGUGACAGGUUGAUUGUGGAUGAACGGUACAGUAUGGCUGUGUAUACUUGCAAAAAGUGCAAGAUUGAUAUAUUCCCUGUAUGGAAUGCAUGGGGUCUUGCUUUGAUUCGUAUGGAGCACUAUGCACAAGCUCGUGUGAAGUUCAAGCAAGCUUUCCAAUUGUAUAAGGGGGAUCCUGAACCUGUUAUUUCUGAGAUCGUAAAUACAAUUGAAGGAGGUCCUCCGGUGGAUGUUUCAUCUGUUCGUUCUAUGUAUGAACAUUUGGCUAAGAGUGCUCCAACAAUCUUAGAUGAUUCUCUUUCAGCUGAUUCGUAUCUCAAUGUGCUGUACAUGCCAUCCACUUUUCCACGUUCUGAAAAAUCAAGACCAUUUCCAGAAUAUGCGAAUGAUAAUUCUACAUAUGGUUCAGAAUUUGAAGAUGGACCUCGCAGCAACUUGGACUACAAUCGCUAUAACGAGUGUGUGAACUAUUUGCAAGAAUAUGCACGACAGAAAUUGCUUGAAUUUAUGUUUAAGCAUGGUCAAUUCAAUGAUGCCUGCAUGUUGUUUUUCCCCCCAAAUGCUGUCCCUCUUCCUCCUCAACCAUCAAUGGUGGGAAUGGCAACAUCUUCUUCAUCCCCUCAAAGACAAGAUAAUUUGGCGACUGAUUAUGGGACCAUUGAUGAGCUGUGUGAUCUGUGCGUUAGUUAUGGCGCAAUGCCUGUUUUGGAGGAAGUGAUAUCAGCAAGAAUGUCAGCUACAGAGCCACAAGACGAAGCAGUGAGCCAGUAUACAGCUGCAGCACUUGCCCGAAUUUGUCUAUACUGUGAAACGCAUAAGCAUUUCAAUUUUCUGUACCAAUUUCAGGUUAUCAAGAAAGACCAUGUUGCUGCUGGACUUUGUUGCGUUCAAUUGUUCUUAAAUUCUAAUUUGCUAGAGGAGGCUAUUAAACAUUUGGAACAUGCUAAGAUGCAUUUCGAUGAAGGGUUGUCAGCUCGAUAUAAAGGUGAUUCUACUAAGCUUGUCACAAAGGGUGUCAGGGGAAAAAGUGCAUCUGAGAAGCUUACUGAAGAAGGACUCGUGAAGUUUUCUGCUCGGGUUUCAAUUCAGGUCGAAGUAGUGAAGUCCUACAAUGAUGUUGAUGGGCCACAAUGGCUAUACUCACUCUUUGGUAACCCAAAUGACCCCGAGACAUUCAGGAGGAGAUGCAAAAUUGCAGAGACUCUUGUGGAAAAGAAUUUUGACUUGGCUUUCCAAGUGAUUUAUGAAUUUAACCUUCCUGCUGUGGAUAUAUAUGCUGGUGUAGCUGCAUCACUUGCUGAGAGAAAAAAAGGAAGCCAGUUGACAGAAUUCUUUAGAAACAUCAAAGGGACUAUUGAUGAUGAUGAUUGGGAUCAGGUACUGGGUGCUGCUAUUAAUGUAUAUGCUAACAAACACAAAGAACGCCCUGAUCGUCUCAUUGACAUGUUGACCAGUAGCCACCGGAAAGUUCUUGCUUGUGUGGUUUGUGGGCGUCUGAAAAGUGCAUUCCAGAUUGCUUCUCGCAGUGGAAGUGUAGCUGAUGUUCAGUAUGUAGCUCAUCAGGCGUUACAUGCAAAUGCACUCCCUGUACUAGAUAUGUGUAAACAGUGGUUGGCCCAAUACAUGUGAUAUGUUUGUUAACUCAACUACAGAUACUGCAAACUGCAAGCAAGGUAAUGAGACCACUCUCCUACUCAGAAUCAGAAGUUUCAAACUCCAUGAUUUUAAAUGAGAACAUUUGGCUGGAUACACAUAGUUAUAAUUACUGGUUACACCAAACUUUAGGGGUGCCAUUACAGCUUCUGACAUCUGGAAUUGCUGACACUGUUCUCAAGCAUUGUUCGCUCUGCCAAUUGUAAGUUUAAACAAUUUGAAGAUGCUUGAUGAUUCCUGACCCAUGUGGGAGCUAUUCAAGUUAAGACUAGGGUCAACUCUAGGCUAAAACAGUUCAUACACAAGUUUAGAUUCACAAUUUUAUAUAAAAAUUAUUUAAUAAAAUUAAGGACCCUCAAAUACAAUUAUACUGUCCCUGCUUAAGAUCGGUCGAUCAUCUGUAGUUGGGACUUGGAAGAGCAGAUCAAGUGCUUGCGGCUGUAGAUAGAUGUUCAUGGAAAAAUAAAGGGUUGAGAUGUAUAUGUAUUUGCGUGAUUGUUUUCCUUUUUCUUUUUUUGAGGGGUCCCCUGUAUAUAUAUAUGUAUUUCCUUUCUGCCUAAACUUGCUUUGUAAACUAUAUGUUAAUAGAGAAUUUGCUAAAAGAUUAGGGAAUUAUAUUAUGUAUUUGCCUAAUAAAGAAAAAAAGGAAAAGAAAAGGUUGGGUUGGGAGGCUCAA